CCUCACUCCCCCCUUAUCAACCUCCCACUCCCCCUCCCCCUCAUCGGCGUCCACCGGAUCCCUGACCCCGCAUAUAAUGUUGGAGAAAGGUCCGCACGCAGUUAUAUAAGAAUGACAUCGUGCACUCCCAGGGGUAUAAAGCCCCUCUAUAAUCCCAUGCACUCCUCACUUUAAAAGCCAUUGUGUCAUCGGAAACCCAAUUAUUCGCCAUGGAUCUCGCAACUCUCGACACCAGCCAGCACCCCUACCUGCCGGAGGCCGCGCAUACCCUCUUCCGCGCCAAAACCGCCAAAAGCCUCAGCUUUGAGCAGAUCGCCCAGCACAUUGGUCGCAACGAGGUCGCCACGGCGGCUAUCUUCUAUGGUCAGGCCAAGGCAUCCCCGCAAGACGUGCAGAAGCUAGCCAAUCUGCUGUCAAUUCCCGAGGAACCACUGGUCCAACAGCUGGGUGGUUUUCCCGACCGCGGUCGUUCGGUGGAGAUGCCGCCCCGGGAGCCCCUGAUCUACCGUCUUUAUGAGAUUGUGCAGAACUAUGGGUAUGCGUAUAAGGCGGUGCUGAAUGAGAAGUUCGGCGAUGGCAUCAUGAGUGCUAUCUCGUUUUCGACCAAGGUGGAGAAGGAGACGGAUACUGAUGGGAACAACUGGGCUGUGAUCACCCUGCGUGGAAAGUGGCUGCCAUUCUCGCGGUUCUGAGUGGUGGGGAGGAUGGACUUGGAAGUUUAUUGUGAUCAUCAAUGUUCUGUAGCAAUGACCACUUAAUGACUGU